AAAAGUUCUCUGAUUGGCCACUGGACUCUGACUUAAUUGAAACCUUCUGUAUGGCAUAUGGAAUUCUGGGACUUUGGCGUGUACCCAAGAAUCCUCAGAAUGUUAGUUUCUCUCUCUCUCUCUCUCUCUCUCUCUCUCUCUCUCUCUCUCUCUCUCUCUCUCUCUCUCUUUCUCUCUUUCUCUCUCUCCAGAGCUGUCUUACAUCAGCCCAGUGUGCCUGGAUAUGAGGUCUAAGUGAGUAUAGAGAGAAAGGAACAGCCUGGAUUUUACUUUGGUUUUCUUUCUCACUGGUUGGAAUUAACAUCUCACUGGACAAAUGGUUUAAGAGAAGCAGGAUUCAAACAAGCCUAAAGUCUCUGCUUUGAGCAGAUAUUUCAUUGAAGCAGUUAAUAUUUGAGGAGAACCUAUAAAAUCACCAGCCACCUCCAUCAAGAAGUAUGAAAAUCUGUCUAAACUACAGGAAUGAAGGCCAGGUCUCGAUUUGAAAUGAACCACCUUUGGAAGAUCAUCUUUCCCCUAUCGCUUCUUCUGUACCUCUCAGGGAAUGUAAAGUCCCAAGUAAAUCCAAGUGUGUGUCGAUCCCCUCUAGGGAUGUCUGGAAGACAGAUCUUAGACGAAGACAUUUCAGCUUCAAGUCAGUGGUCUGAGUCAACAGCAGCAAAAUAUGGCAGACUGGACUCAGAGGAAGGGGAUGGUGCGUGGUGUCCAGAGAGCAUGAUUGAUCCAGAGAACAUGAAUGAGUUUUUGCAGAUUGACCUUCGCUCUCUGCACUUCAUCACCCUGGUGGGAACUCAGGGCCGACAUGCGGGGGGCAUCGGGAAUGAGUUUGCCCAGACCUACAAGAUCAAGUACAGCCGUGAUGGCAGCCGCUGGAUCUCCUGGCGCAACCAGCAAGGGAAGGAGGUAAUUGAGGGCAACAGGAAUGCCUAUGAUAUUGUGCUCAAGGACCUGGAGCCGCCCAUCAUUGCACGCUUUGUGCGCUUCAUGCCCGUCAUCGACCACUCCAUGAACGUGUGUAUGCGUGUAGAGCUCUAUGGCUGCGAGUGGCUAGAUGGUCUGGUGUCGUACAAUGCUCCGCUCGGCCAGGAGAUGAUCCUCAAUGAUCAGGAGGUUUACCUCAAUGACUCUGUGUAUGACGGUGCCAUAAUUUACAGUAUGACAGAAGGGUUGGGCCAGUUGACGGAUGGUAUGUGUGGUCUGGAUGAUUUUACUAUCAGUCAUGUGUGGCCUGGCUAUGACUAUGUGGGCUGGACCAACGAGAGCUUCCCCAAUGGAUAUGUAGAGAUCAUGUUUGAGUUUGACCGAACACGCAACUUCACCACUAUGAAGGUGCACUGCAACAACAUGUUCUCUCAGAGAGUGAAGGUCUUCCAGAAGGUGGUGUGUUAUUUCCGCUCGGACUCGGACUGGGAGCCGACACCCGUGUCUUUUAGUCCUGUGAUGGACGACGUCGACCCCAGCGCUCGAUUCGUUACGGUCUCGCUCCAAAACCACAUGGCUAGUGCCAUCAAGUGUCAGUAUUACUUCUCUGACAUGUGGAUGUUGUUCAGUGAGAUCACCUUUCAAUCAGAUACAGCAAUGUACAACACAACUCUGCCCCCCCCCAUGCCCAGUGCUCCACCCAACCCCCCACCAGGGGAUAACCCCGUUCACAAAGUAGACGACAGCAACACUCGAAUUCUGAUCGGCUGUUUGGUGGCCAUUAUCUUCAUCUUGGUGGCCAUCAUCAUCAUCAUACUCUGGAGACAGGUCUGGCAGAAGGUGUUGGAGAAGGUCUCUCGGAGGAUGCUUGACGAUGAGCUAACUGCCAGUCUUUCAAUCCAGAGUGAGGCCUUCAGCUGUAACAACAACCUGACCUCCUCAGUAGCCAGCGAGCCGGAGUCCAGCUCCACCUACGAGCGCAUCUUUCCGCUCGGAGCAGAUUACCAGGAGCCCUCACGCCUCGUCCGCAAGCUGCCCGACGUCUCCCAGGUCUCAGAGGACACUGCAUCCAAGUCCCCUCAGUCCAACACUCAAGAAGGAGUUCCCCAUUACGCCGAGGCUGACAUCGUCAAUCUGCAAGGAGUAACGGGAGGAAACACCUACGCAGUGCCAGCUGUCACUAUGGACCUUCUGUCAGGAAAGGACAUCCCUAUAGAAGAAUUUCCUCGAAAACUGUUCACAUUUAAGGAGAAGCUUGGAGAGGGCCAGUUCGGAGAGGUGCAUCUUUGUGAAGCAGAAGACAUGGAGGAGUUCAUGGCUAAAGACUUCUCAUUUGACGUCAGCGAGAAUCAAACAGUACUUGUGGCUGUAAAAAUGUUACGAGCCGAUGCAAAUAAAAAUGCCAGAAAUGACUUUUUGAAAGAGAUAAAAAUAAUGUCGCGGUUGAAAGAUCCCAACAUCAUCCGGCUGCUAGGGGUGUGCAUGAGCUCGGACCCCUUGUGCAUGAUCACUGAGUACAUGGAGAACGGGGACCUCAACCAGUUCCUGUCCCGUCAUGAAGCAGAGGGCAUGAUCGCCCUUCUCAGCAACGCACCAACAGUCAGUUAUAGUAACCUGCAGCACAUGGCCACCCAGAUCGCUUCAGGCAUGAAGUACCUCUCAUCACUGAACUUUGUGCACCGAGACCUCGCCACCCGAAACUGCCUGGUGGGCAAGAACUAUACCAUUAAGAUCGCUGACUUUGGCAUGAGCAGGAACCUGUACAGCGGAGAUUACUAUCGCAUCCAGGGCCGGGCUGUGCUACCCAUCCGCUGGAUGUCCUGGGAGAGCAUCCUCCUGGGUAAAUUUACUACCGCCAGUGAUGUUUGGGCGUUCGGUGUGACUCUCUGGGAGACGCUGACAUUCUGCAAGGAGCAACCGUACUCACAGCUCUCAGAUGAGCAGGUCAUUGAAAACACCGGCGAGUUCUUCCGGGACCAGAGGCGACAGAUCUACUUGCCGCAGCCGCCCAUGUGUCCCGACCCCGUCUACAAGCUCAUGUUGAGUUGCUGGCACAGGAACGCCAAAGAGAGACCGUCUUUCCAGGAGAUCCAUCGAAUACUGCUGGAGAAUACGCCUUAAUGUCUGCACCUGUGCCAAAAGCAGCACUUCCAGAGACGCUUUAUUGUGCCAGCAGGACAGACAAACCACACACACACACACACACACACACACACACACACACACACACACACAGUGGUUUAAAAGGGUACCCAGUUGAGUAAAGCCAACAUGGGAAUAUAUAUAUCGUCAUACAUAGACAUAGACGAUUAUGAGGCUAAAAUGUAGCAGUGAGUUCAGGCACUUUUGAUCAAGAAAAAUGAUUUGAUAUUUGUUUUUUGUUUUAUUUUUAAUUUUGUUUUGGCAUUUGUUCAUUCCUCACUCAAAAAAAAAAGCUCAAAACAAUAUAGUCAUUAAAUUGAAUACAUUUCAUUUCAAGUUAAUUUAGUGCAAUUAAAUAAAAGAAGUAGAAAUGUAAUGACACAAGAACACGUUUAAUUUUUUUUUUCUUCCAAUAUCUUAAAUCAGAAGACAGCUUGAAUGUAAAUAAGAAUUUCAGUUUCUUUUUUAAAAUAAGUCAGAUUUGUAAUUUUUUUUUUUUUUGGUCACAUUUAUGCUCAUAUCAGUCGUCAAGAGAGUAUCGCGAGGAUUAUACAAAACAGUUUAAAAGGCUCUUUCGUACACUUAAUAACCACUUUCAAAGAAGUGGGUAAAACCCAAGCAUGCGUGGACCUGUCAUUUUCAAAAUACCAAUGUUGAUAUGUUUUUGUUUUUAGAUUUGUCAUUUUUUGCAAAUAUGUGAUUUUGCCGAAAGUUUUUGUGUGUUCAAUUAUGUGAAAACUAUUGUGUUCGUAUCUGUAUGUAUUACACCAUAGUUUUUAUUCUAUUUCACCUUUUAGAUGGCAUUUAAUGCUUCCAAGUGUGAAGUAAAAGUAGUUAUUCUUAUUAUUUUUUACAUUAAUUAGGAUGAUGAUCUGUUGUGUCAGAUGCCAAUUUAAGGCCAUUCAUUUCGCUUUGCUUUUUAAUGUUAUCAUUUCACCAUAUAUCUAUUCUUUUUUAUUUUAUUUUAUUUGAUAUGUUUUUAUAUUUUGUAUCUAGGUAUGUCAUGAUAACUAUGCAAACAAUUUUUUAGCAAAUAAAACCAAAUUAAUGUUAUAUAAGAAAAAAUAUAAGCUACGUUUCACUUGUAUGUUAACUUGAACGUAUUAUAUAUUUGGUAUAAACAAUGUAUAAAUAAUAAGUGCUUGUAAAUAGCUGAAAUUUAAAAAUCUGUUUGGGUAAAUACUGGAUUCGUAAUGUAGAGAUUGCUUUGAUGGAGUUGCUAUGGAUACGGGAAGUGAUGUGGGAUGCUAAAAGCGCUGCACAUGCAAAGAUCAGUUUGUAUACUGUAUUAAACAGUGAUGUUGCUUCUCAUCUAGAUUUAGAUGUAAUUAAUAUAAAGGAUGAUAUAAAAUGUAAUGUUUGUGUUUAUUGCUCCGUGUAUGACAUGGGUUGUGUUGUAGGUUGGUUUUGGAUGGCCUUCGGUCUGGUCAGUUGGAUUUUUGGUGUAACUGUCAGUGAAAGGUUUGACGUAGAGGUUCACACAUAACAGUAACCAGUUUUCUCUACUUAUAUGAUAAACGUCCUGUUUGUUAUUUAACUGUGCCCCAGCUACUGUUGGGCUAGUGUUAGUGUCUUGACUCUUUGUGUCCAUGUAUGUCUAAUGUUAUAAUUGAUUAUUGCUUUAUUAUUUUAUUAUAUCAAAUAUAUUUUCACCAACUCCUGCUUUCUCCAAAUGGAAAAAUAAAAUUAACACAGCAUAUGA